ACUCCGAACUCCGAACUCCGAAUUUUCUGCUGUUUUUUGCAGGUAGAGGUUAGAGGUUAGAGCUGUUGGUUGGAGGUGUUUUUCUGUUUUUCGUUCUCGUUGUAAGAAUUUUUAGACACACGUAUGUGAGGAACUCAUUCCAUAAAGUAAAUACGCAUUAGAGUUACAGCUGUGACAAUGCUGCUCAGCAGAGGCACAUGCUUAUUCCAACAGUAUCUGCGACGGAAGUUUUUAACCAUUGAUACCCUCUAUUUUGUACAAUUACAGAAAAAUUACAGGAAAAAUGCGUACGAAUACAAUCAGAUUCGUAAUUUCAGAAAUUUUGGUCACACUAGAAAAAAAACUCGCCUUUCCACUAUUAUCCCAUUUGUAAUUUUUAGUGCUGGUAUGGUUAUAAACUGUUUGGAUUGGCAGCGUCUGCUUAAUAUAGUACCUAAAGUAGAUGCUGCCAGCAUCGUAGCAGAAGAGACUCAGAACGAUGAAAGCAUGGCAAAUAUAGAACAGGAUUUACAAAAAAAGAAGAAGAACAGAAAACAGAAGAUUGGAUUUCGUGAUAGAAAGAUAAUAGAGUACGAGAACAGGAUUAGAGCGUAUUCGACACCAAGCAAAAUUUUUCGUUACUUCGCGACUGUGAGCGUAACUAGUUUAAAAGGUACUGAAGUCUAUAUGAUACCUGAUGAUUUUCUUCGAGCUAUCACCCCAGGCAUGCAACAGCCACAUGGUCUUGGACUAGACCAGUACAAGCGUUAUGAUCCAAAGAAUAUUCACACCAAAUUAGAAUUAGAAUUGGACGAAGAUAGCAUCUUCUACAAACUGGGCAGUGCAGGUCUUAUUACUUUCUCCGAUUACAUCUUUCUGCUGACCGUAUUAUCAACUUCUAGACGUCAUUUUGAAAUCGCCUUCAGAAUGUUUGACUUCAACGGAGAUGGCGAUGUCGAUUCCGAAGAGUUUGGGAAAGUAGCUACAUUGAUACGGCAACAAACUAGUAUAGGUACUCGACAUCGCGAUCAUGCAACCACGGGAAGCACCUUUAAGGGAGUAAAUUCUGCGCUAACAACAUACUUCUUUGGACCACAAAUGAAUCAGAAGCUAACGAUCGAAAAAUUCUUGGACUUCCAGCAGCAGCUACAACGAGAAAUUCUGAGUCUUGAGUUUGAACGACGAAAUCCGGACGAACAUGGCAAUAUCACUGAGACAGAUUUUACAGAAUUAUUGUUGGCUUAUGCUGGAUAUCCAGCGAAAAAAAAAGCAAAAAUGUUGAAGAGGGUGAAGAAGACCUUUAAAGAAGAUCCGAAAGGAAUCAGCAAAGAGGAAUACCUCAAGUUUUUCCACUUUUUAAAUAAUAUUAACGACGUUGAUACAGCUCUCACAUUCUACCAUAUAGCUGGUGCAUCUAUCGAUCAAGCGACAUUAAAACAUGUAGCAAAAACUGUAGCACACGUUGAUCUGAGUGACCAUAUUAUUCAAGUGGUAUACACAAUUUUCGACGAGAACAUGGACGGACAACUUAGCAAUCGGGAGUUUGUCGCUGUGAUGAAGAACCGUGUGCUCCGCGGUCUGGAGAAACCAAAGGAUACUGGAUUUGUCAAGUUAAUUCAAUCCCUGAUCAAGUGUGCAAAACAUAGUAAUCUUCUGUCAUACGAUAAAUAAUCGAAUAAUUCAAAUGCUAUUCCUUAAUCUUGAUUAAGUGUUUGCUUCAUUAAUUGUAAUUUACAGAGAGAAAUAAAAUGCUAUGCAAAAUAGAGAAUUA